GUGUUCAUAAAAUGUUUGUAUGGCCAAUCAUUAUAAUAUUUUUGGUAGCUACUACAACAAUUCCAAUAUCGUUAUCAGAUUCAUUCCAUAAAGAAAAACAUUCAUCAUCAUCAUUUAAUCAGCAAAAAUUUUAUCCAUUCGAUAAAAAUACAGAUCAACCGGUAAUCGAAAUUUUAACCUGUUUAAAUCGAGGACUAUUUGCAUUCUUCAUAAUUGGAAACAUAGUAUCAUUACUGUUGAUUUUCUAUGUAAUUUAUGAUUGUUUUUUUCAUACUUAUCGAAAUAAACAAACCAUCAAACGGCAAACAAAAAUCUCGAAUAAUAGAAAAAUAAAUGUAAAUCCAAAAAUGUCAACGACGACUACGGCAACGAUGACAAGAUCUACAAGUACGACUAAAUCUUCAUCUAAACAAAUUCCGAACAUCAUGGUAGUAGCAAACGUAAACAAAGUAAAAUUAUCACAACCCAUUAUUCUUAAAGCACAACAACAACAACGGAAAACAUUCGAAUCUAGUCAAGAAAAUACUGUUAAAUUUCUUAGCCAUAUAUCGUCGAUUGCGACACCACCAGAAUUGAAAAGUCGACAACAAUCAUUGACAAUUUGAAUGCAAAUG